AUAAGUAAACAUUUCCGCUGUAUCGCCAUGGAUUCAAACAAGGACGAAGCGGAACGGUGCAUCAAAAUAGCUGUAAAUGCGAUUAGUAACAACCAGCCUGACAAAGCUAGGAAGUUUCUAGAGAAGGCACAACGUCUAUUUCCGACAGACCGGGCCAAAAGCUUGUUGGAGUCGUUAGCGCAAAAUGGAAAACCUCCAGAAGAUAAUGAUCGACCUGCUAACGGAGAUGGACCUAGUAUGAGGCACAGAGGUGGCGACAGAGACGGGGCUGAUGUGACACAGGGGCCCUCAGAGUCUGCUAAAUCUUACACGAGCGAACAGAUGGAGGCUGUCAGAAAGAUAAAGAGCUGUAAAGAUUAUUACCAAAUUCUUGGAGUGGAAAAGACUGCCUCAGAGGAGGAUCUUAAAAAGGCUUACAGAAAGCUGGCGUUGAAAUUCCAUCCGGACAAAAAUCAUGCACCUGGAGCCACAGAGGCAUUUAAAGCUAUCGGUAAUGCCUACGCCGUUCUCAGUAACACUGAAAAACGAAGGCAGUAUGACCAGUACGGAGAGGAGAGAACGCACCCCAGCAGGCACAGAGAACAUCGUGAUUUUGAAGCAGAUAUCUCACCCGAGGACCUGUUUAACAUGUUCUUUGGUGGAGGCUUCCCGACAAGCAAUGUUCAUGUUUACAGAAAUGGAAGAAUGCACUUUGCACAUCAUAAUAGGCACGAAAGACGAGAACAACAAAGAGAUGGAGGUCUGGCUCUGUUUGUCCAGCUGUUGCCCAUCUUAAUCCUCAUCAUUGUUUCUGCUCUCAGCCAGUUGAUGGUCACACAGCCUCCAUACAGCCUUAGCUAUCGUCCGUCAGCUGGACAUAUUCACAAAAGGCAUACAACACACCUGAAGGUGCCUUUCUAUGUGGGGGAACGUUUCAGUGAUGAAUUUACCGGUAAUAACCUGAAGAAUGUUGAGAGAAGUGUGGAGGAAGACUACAUCUCCAACCUAAGAAACAACUGUUGGAAGGAGAAGCAGCAGAAGGAAGGCUUGCUAUAUCGUGCUCGGUACUUUGGGGAUUCUGAGUUGUACCAAAGAGCCCAGAGAAUGGGGACUCCCAGCUGUUCCAGGCUAUCUGAGAUCCAG